AUGGAGGAACAGGCGGUUGCUCACCCCACCCCGUCCUCGGCGAAGAGGACCCCACCAGAAUCGAAAAGCCCUUCCAGGACAUUUUGGGUAAUUCUCUCUGUGAUUCUGAUUUGUGGGAUUAUCUGCAUCACUGUGGCGGGAGUUCUCAGCUUCACCCAAAGUUUUUCCAAGCCUCUUUUUCAGGUGGUCCGAUUAAACUUCCCAAACAGCCCAGGGUCCCAGACAAACCAGUCAGCCUUUGUGGAUAAGUCCCGGAACACUGUUACUUAUUAUGUGACUUCCUCAAGUAACCGCACAACGGCAAUCCUGUUUGACGGCAAGAACGGUUAUGUCUGCUACAAGCCUGCUGAGCAAAACAGCUGUUACCUGAGAGUGAUGGAUGGGCAGGACCGGGAGACUGUGCAGGCGACUUUCGACCUGUCCCAGCACCGGAUGGAUCAGUUCCUGCUUCCCAACGACCAGACAAGGUACUACCGCGAGUUCCUGGGGAUUGUGUCGGGAAGACCCGUCCGGCCCGAGGAAGCAGGUGAAGCCGUCCACUCUCUGUGCGAACAGAUGCCCGUCUACUGGGUCAAGAAGAAAGAGGGCCCUGCCAAGCAGCGGCUCAUCUACCUGUGCAUUGACAUCUGCUUCCCCAGUAACAUCUGCGUCUCCAUCUGCUUCUACUACCUUCCGGAGUGAGGGGCCGGGGAUCCUGACCACC